UUGUAAUUACCUCUUCCGGUUAUUUACAAUUUCCGCUCUCGGUGACCCGGAAAAGUAGUAAGAGAUUGUUUUUAACAUGAAGCCUGCGGUGGAUGAGAUGUUCCCUGAGGGGGCCGGACCCUAUGUGGAUCUGGAUGAGGCUGGAGGAAGCACAGGGCUUCUGAUGGAUUUGGCAGCAAACGAAAAGGCAGUGCAUGCAGACUUUUUCAAUGAUUUUGAAGAUAUGUUUGAUGAUGAUGACAUCCAGUGAUAUGCUUUUAGGUGCAGACCUCUUCCAUCUGUGGUUAUUGAAGGACCAUGCUACCCUGAGUGUCCCAUGAAGCAUAAGAACUAUGUCAAAUAUUUAUUUUUGUCUUGUAAAUAAAAGUACCUAAUUUAAAGGCCAUUGUUCUUAUUGUAUGCAGACAAUGUAAGCAUAUUAAACCUUUUCACGCUA